AUGCCUCGCCCGAAAGCCACUCUUACGAGUGGGAGGAAUAGCAUCCAUAACCGCGGCGCCAUCACCAAGUUCAAACCCAAACCCAAAGCAAAACCAACUCGCAAACCUCCUCCAGCACCACCGCAACCAGAGUAUGCAAUUAAAUACUGGCCCGCAGAAAACUUAAUAUGCUUUAAGAAUUAUGCGGAGUGGGACGAGACGAAACUGAACGACACCGGUUACGGCAGUCGUCUCACGGACGCAGCCAUAUCCCGCUUCACAGCCGCAUGUCCGAAUCUCGUCCACAUUGACAUGGACUCCGCUCGGGAUCUGACUGGCGCAAGACUCCUCGCCAUGUGCCGGAACUGUCCGAAUAUCGAGUAUAUUAGCAUUGACGGGAACGACAAGUGCAAGGGCCAUGUUGGGGGCACGGCGCUGGAUGCGUUGAGCGUCGUUAAGAAGAUGGCGAAGGGACUGAGGGUGUUGCAUUUGGUGGAUCAGGGCGCGGGGUUGGAGAAGGAGGCGAAGAAAUUGAGUAAAGCCAGGAAGGGACUGGAGAUCACGUUGGGAGAGACGAAGAAGUGGGGGAAUGGGAGCGCUGAGAAGUUUGUGGGUGGGAAGAGUAAUUUGAAUUUCGGAAAAGGGUGGGAUCGGUAUGAUGGACCUCGUGCUUUUGGUAGCGGGUGGCGAUUUGGUUGA